AAGAAAUUAAAACAAGCAGAAAACAAAGCAUAUCCAGAGUAGACUCAGAUUGACGGCCUUCAUUCACGGAUCCCGUUAUAUUUUUCCUCCCAAACUAUCCGCGGACCCCGCCCUCUACGGAAGCACUGGAGGCUGUCAGACACGUGAUUGAUUCAGUAUGGAGGAGCUGCUGUCUGAAUGAGUAGAUUUUAUUUUCCUUUUUUUUUUUUUUUACACCGACGGCUCCCAUAUCUUCGUGGAUGCUUCAGGAGAGCAGCGGGGUGGAAGCGCCGCGCAGUCCGCCUCCAGGACAUCCUUGACGAGUAUGUAAAUCACUUCCUUAUUUUUGUCUGGUGAUCGUGCUAUUUCUGGAAUGUGAAGUAUGUCUUGCAGCUGUGGUGCAACUAUUAAGAUUUCUCUAGGUGAUUACUGAGUUGAUUUGCAGAACUGAGUUUGGCAGUCCUGAGAAGUCUCCUCUGCAAUGGACAGAAAAUGACCAUCACUACAUCCACUAAAGGUGCAUCGAUCGAGCCUGUGAAACAAUGAACUCUCACAGUCGCCAAGUGGAUGUGAGCACAGCGGCGCUCCCCUCGCAGGUUCCCUCUGCCGCCUCUGCAAUCCUUCCUAUGGACCUCCGCAUUGUGGACCACUCUCACCACCACCACCAGCAGCCUCCCUUCGGCCUGGUGUCCCAACCCCAUCCCACACCAGCCCCCUCCACAGCCUGUUCUGCAUCGUCUGAGCUGGCCAACGGGCCGGUUGCUGGCCGUCAGGACCAGCACCUGCAACAGGAACUGGUGGCUCUGAAGCACAAGCAGGAGCUCCAGAGGCAGCUACUGAUUGCUGAGUUUCACAGGCAACACGAGCAACUGUCGCGACAACAUGAAGCCCAACUCCAGGAGCAUAUUAAGCAUCAACAGGACCUGUUGGCCCUCAAGCAUCAACAAGAGCUGCUGGAGCAUCACAGGAAGAUGGAGCAGCAGCGUCAUGAGCAACAGCUGGAGAAGCAGCAGCGGGAACAGAAACUCCAGCAGCUGAAAAACAAGGAAAGGGGACAAGAAAGUGCUGUGGCCAGCACGGAGGUAAAGAUGCGACUUCAGGAGUUUGUCCUGAACAAGAAGAAAGCCCUGGCUCAGCGAAACCUAAACCACUGUCUACCCAGUGACCCUCGCUACUGGUAUGGGAAAACUCAGCAUAGCUCUUUGGACCAGAGCUCACCCCCUCAAGCGGCGCUGUCAGCAUACACGCAUCCAGUGCUGGGAGCGUUCGACUCAAAGGACGACUUUCCUCUGAGGAAAACAGCAUCUGAGCCCAACCUGAAGCGCCGUUCAUGGCUAAAGCAGAAAGUGACGGAGCGUCGAAGCAGUCCUCUGCUCCGCAGGAAAGACGGGCCAAUCACUACUGCCAAGAAGAGAUCACUCGACAGAGCUGACUCCGCAUGCAACAGUGCGCCUGGCUCUGGCCCCAGUUCCCCCAACAACAGCUCCAGUAACAUCCCCAGUGAAAACGGCAUCCCAAUCUCUACCAGCCCAGGAGAGGCCUCUUUGAUUCAGAGGCUGGCUACCAGGGAUGGUUCACUCAGCCAUUUGUCUCUCUACACCUCACCUUCUCUGCCCAACAUCACUUUAGGACUGCCUGCCUCUGGCCCUGCAAACUCUGUGGUAUCGGGACACCAAGAUGGCGAGACUCAUCUGGCGCUGCCAGCGUUACAGCCGGGCAUUCCAUUGGCCUCGGCUUUUCUGCCCACCUCCCACCUGCCGUCUUACUUGGCCUCGUCGGCGUUGGACAGGGACGGGCCUGGAGGGGGCGCAGCUGGUCACAACCCCCUCCUUCAACACAUGGUGCUAAUGGAGCAGAGCCACGGCUCAAUGGUCGGUCUGGGUGGCCUGCCUCUCCCGUCUCCCACCGUCUCCAAGCUGGUACGGGGCCACCGUCCCCUGGGAAGGACCCAGUCGGCCCCUCUGCCUCAGCAGCCUUGCGGACAGGCGCAGGCCCUGCAGCAGCUGGUGGUCCAGCAGCAGCAUCAGCAGUUCCUGGAAAAGCACAAGCAACUGUUCCAACAGCAGCAGCAACAGCAGCACAUCAUCAAUAAGAUCAUGUCCAAGCCUGGCGAUCAGGUGUCAGCUGCCAGCUCUGGAGCCUCUGUGCCGGGUAGGCAGCAUCAGAGUCACCCAGAGGAGACAGAAGAGGAACUCAGGGAGCACCAGGGACUGACCUCAUCCUCAUCGUCAUCAUCCACUUCGUCUGGGCCAGAAACAGGGUUGAUACGGGGUCUGGUCAUCAAGCAGGAACCACCAGACCUCCAAGAGCAAGAAGAGAGGGAACAACGGGACCAGAGAGAGAGACAGGCUGAGCAGGACUUCAUGUUCAAACAACAGGCGAUGCUGUUGGAGCAGCAGCGGAUCCAGCAGCUGCGGAGCUACCGAGCCUCCAUGGAAGCGUCUGGGUUACCGGUCAGCCUUGCUGCUCACCGCCCUCUGUCCCGGACGCAGUCAUCCCCAGCCUCCGCUUCCUUCCCCAUUGUCGUCUCGGAGCCUCCAGUGAAGCACCGAUUCACCACAGGUCUAGUGUAUGACUCCUUGAUGCAGAAACAUCAGUGUAUCUGCGGCAACGCCACUAUUCAUCCUGAGCAUGCCGGCCGUAUUCAGAGUAUCUGGUCCCGGCUGCAGGAAACAGGCCUGAGGGCUCAGUGUGAGUGUAUCCGUGGAAGGAAGGCGUCACAGGAGGAGCUGCAGACGAUCCACUCUGAGGCCCACGUCCAGCUGUACGGAACCAACCCGCUGAGACAGAAACUAGACUGUUCUGUGAAUCCCAUGUUUGUGAGGUUACCAUGUGGAGGCAUUGGGGUGGACAGUGACACAAUCUGGAAUGAGAUCCAUUCGUCCACGGCUGCUCGACUGGCCGUUGGCUCAGUGGUGGAGCUGGUUUUCAAAGUAGCAACAGGAGAGCUGAAGAAUGGUUUUGCUGUAGUUCGGCCACCCGGACACCACGCUGAGGAGAGCACACCGAUGGGCUUCUGUUAUUUCAACUCUGUCGCCAUUGCAGCCAAGCUCCUGCAGCAGAGGCUUAAUGUCAGCAAAAUCCUCAUAGUUGACUGGGAUGUUCACCAUGGCAACGGGACCCAGCAGGCCUUCUACACAGACCCCAGUGUUCUGUAUCUUUCUCUACAUCGCUAUGACGACGGGAACUUCUUUCCCGGCAGUGGAGCUCCAGAUGAGGUGGGCAGCGGUGCAGGUGUGGGCUUCAAUGUGAACAUGGCAUUUACUGGGGGCCUUGAACCUCCCAUGGGGGACGCAGAGUAUCUGGCUGCCUUCAGAACGGUGGUGAUGCCCAUCGCCAACGAGUUCGCUCCAGAUGUGGUUCUGGUGUCCUCUGGCUUCGAUGCUGUUGAUGGACAUGCCCCACCGCUCGGAGGAUACAAACUGACAGCCAAAUGCUUCAGCUACCUGACCAGGCAGCUGAUGGGCCUGGCCGGUGGUCGCUUGGUGCUUGCCCUGGAAGGGGGUCAUGACCUGAUGGCCAUAUGUGAUGCCUCUGAAGCCUGCAUUUCUGCUCUGCUCGGCAAUGAGUUGGACCACAUUCCUUAUGAGGUGCUGCAGCAGAAACCAAAUGCUAAUGCUGUGCACUCUAUGGAGAAAGUCAUCGAGGUUCAGAGUAAAUAUUGGCGAUCUCUGCAACGUUCUGCCUCCACCCUCGGUUGGUCUUUGAAUGAAGCCCUGCAGCGUGACGUGGAGGAAGCUGAAACCGUUUCAGCCAUGGCUUCCUUGUCAGUCGCUAACAAGCACAUCGGAAAAAGGGCUGAAGAGGAGCCGAUGGAAGAGGAAGCUCCCAUGUAAAAGAAAUGAACAUGGUUAGCCUUCGACCACUGAGUCCAGUGUUCAGCACUGAAUCGGUCCUCAUCCUGGAUUCAUAGUAGAUUCCUUUGUCUCACCGUCAUUGGAAACGAUCGGACCUUUUUCUCUCUGGAAUGAAACCAGGAUCCUACAAAAGUGGCUCUUGCAGAGGAACCAGACAGCAGAUGAUGAGCUUACACCAGUUAGUUGCACACAGGACGGUAGCAUUAACCGUGUUGGACACAAGAGCCAGUUAUUUUAGUGACAGCCUCCAGUGCUUUUUAAAAACACUAAACUUGUACAUUUGGACUGCCAGUCUGGACCGUACCAGGCCUACAGCAGUCAUCUACUUCUCAUGUUUUUUUGAUUUUUUUUGUUUUUAUUGUGAUUUAUCAAAACCACCUUAGCUGUUGUUAAUGUGACGCUGCACUAAAGGAUGGACUCCUGCUUUUUCAAGGUAUCAAGGUGUUGAAUAUUGUGCAUUUCUCCUAGGUAAAGUUACAGAAGAUUCAAGGAUUCAGAGAGUAAUAGAUGUCUGUGCCUUUUUUGUUUUGUUUUUUAAUUAGUGGAUUUUCUGUUGAGCUCCUCUUAAAGAGCUUUGCCUUAAAAAUGGAUUUUGGAUCAAGGAAUCUUCUCAGAAGUUUCUGUCCUGGCAAGACAUGAGGUGCCUGCAUGUUUCUGGCACAUAGACUCGAGGACGUUGGCAUGUUGACCUUUAUUACUCUGCUACCAGUCUACUGUCUAAAAUCUUCUUUAUUAGACAAUACUGAAGCCAAAACUAUCUAUCUUCUGCUGUUUACCACACACAGACUGGCAGUGACAGUUCCUGCGGUAGAAUUUGUGUCACUUUUUAAAGAUUAUCGAGGAGUGUAAUUACUCUGGUCUGGGCCAAUUUGUUUUUACCGUCCCACCUGGGAUUUUCCAGAGGGGUGAUCUGGAGCUGCCGUUCCUCUCGCAGCUGGUUUAACAUCUUCAGGUCCUUGUUAGAAACACAUCUGCUCUCCAAAUGUCAGGUGCUGUUUAGCAGGUUGGUGAACAUCUUAGUCUGUCCAUAUACAAUGAAACACAAGUUUGUCAUCAUCAAUAUGAAGCAGUGCACACCAGUUAUGAUUGUUCAUUAUUAAGCCUGUUUAAUAUUAAUUGGUUUAGAUAUUAUGUUUCCUCCCACCAUUUUUUACACCUCUCAAAAGCAGUCAUGUAGUAAAAUGAUGUUAAAAACAGAUAAACCGGGAUUCAUGCCUUUAGUUGCUUCAGUGUUUUUUCAAAUAGUAAGAAGCUGUAGAAUGAACACUUUAAGGCCAACGUGUUUUCUUGUUUAAAAGUGAUGGGGUAAAAAGUACUCCUUCAUUUAAUCUGGUGGCUGCAAUCUGCAGAUGGACAAUAAAGUAGAUCGCUACAGCUGAAACGUUUGAAAUCCAGGAUUAUGUUUAGUUUUAGAAUCAUAAAUAUGGAAAUAUUUUUAAAUGAUUAUACUUCACACCUUCUAAUUUCAAACAUCAUGCUUGGUGCAGCUUUUCUGUAUCAGUUUUAAUCAUCCAUAAAAAAUCGUUCUGCUAUUUUUUGGAAAAACUCCUUUCUGACAUUAUUUUGUUUUUCUAAUUCUCUGAACUGUGGUUGAUCUGCUGAGGAUUCCAGCCACAAACAUCAAUAAUCUCAUUGGGUUUGUAGCUCUUCUGUGACCUUUAAUGACUUUUUGUGUUCAUUAUUCACAGUUUUUCUCUGUUACUUUGUAAAGCUGACAUACUUCACAACAGGUGAGGGCACAAACUGUUUUGUAGUGGAUGUUGUAUGAAAACAUUUUUGGGUUUAUGGAUUUUUUUGGGGGGUAGGGUGGGAAUGUUGGGAUACAAAUGUUUCUACUUUGUAAAAUGAUGGAUAAUUGUGUAUUUACUGUCUGUUUAUAGUAGAUUUAUAUAUAAAAGAAAGUAUAUUAUAUAUCUAUACAUACUGAACACUUUGAUCUUGUUUAAAAAACAACACUGAUGGUUUCUAUCGGUCGUUUGUGCAGCCGACCCCUUUUAACGUUGUUACUGAAGCACCUUGGCUGUCUUUGGUCACUGUUAAUGUUUCUAGCAGCGUUUUCUGCCUGUUUCACUCGUCUUUCACAAGUGAUGAUUUAUUGCUUUUAUUUAUCUGAUGCGUACCACAAACACUGUUACAGUAUGCCUCACAUAUUCAUGCACAUAUCUGUGCCAUUCCAUGUUUCUGAUGCUGCAUGUUUUGCUGUACUUAUAGGAUUUCACUUUACCAUUCUGAAAUUAUCAGUUAGAAAUUAGAUUUUUUUUUUCUGCCCCAUAUUUUUCCACUUUCUUGUUUUUUUAAGUUUUAGUUUUUUGAUAGAUAUGAGCAGUCAGUCUUACCUGCAGAAGACAGUGCUCAGGUUUUAAAAUUUGUAAAAUGAAAUCAAUCUAAAAAGUGGAAACAGGCUCUUAAAGCGCCAGCACCUUAAUGAGCAGCUUUAAAACAUAUUACAACUUUAAUAUGAUGUGCAAACUGGAAAUAUAAUGUAAAAUAAUAUGUUAGGGAGAAAAUUACCUGUAGAAAUGUUCUCACCUAUAAAUUAGAUCAUUCCAAUUUAUUCCUCCUCUUCAUUUUCCUUAUUUUAGUUUGUGCUUGUAAGUAAAAUCCCUCUUCAGCUGUCGAGCUGACACCUGAACAUUUUGAUAUUUCGAGAGGUCCAUUCUGUCACCCACCUUGAUAAAAGUCCCAGUUUUACGUGAGGAAUAGUAAUUUCACAUCAUGAUGCUGUCGCCACGUCUCAUUGAAGAUGUGGUGUUUUUUUUGGUGAUUGUAUUUUUGUGCCAAGCACAUUACAGCUCAAGUUUGCCACUAGAUUGAGAGGAUUUAAGCAGGUUUCAAUGUUUUAUUUAAGAUCAAAUGAAUUAAUAGAAAUUCCUUCAGCUUCUUCAAUGACACUACUAGUGUUUGUGAGUAGUCUUACUUCUGCAUUUUAAAUAUAUAUUAAAAAUGCAGUGAUUUUUCUUUUUUGGCUCUGCUCCUGACUGAUACCUUUGUAAAAAAAAUAAAUAAAUUAGGCCAUUUUGAUUGCUGAACAUUUAAGCAACUCUCAGAAAUAUCUCAUCAGGACAUCUGAGCUUUAUUUCAAAUUCAUCAGAUUAUUUAUAAUUGCUGGGAACUCAAGAACACAGAAUCCUGAAAUUAAAUUAAGAAGAGGUUUGGAAAGUAUUAGAUAUGCACAUUAAUUUCACUAUGUUGUUUUCACCCUGAUAGAUUUGUUGGUUUGUCUACAAUGAAACUGAUCAGGAAAUAUCCCAAAUUAAAGAUAGAGAAAUGUUGAAAAUGAUAGUUGCUCCAUUUUGUUGGGAUACAAAAACCUAAUUGACACUUUUUAGAGCCACCAGUUUUUUUUUGUUUUUUUUGUUUGUUUUUUUGAUGGCACAAAUCCACUUUCUUCUUGACUUACCUGUAGAUUCAUCUGUAUGGUUGGAUUCUUUAGAUUACUCACCCAAACUCAGGUAAUUGAGAGAGCCAUCUGCUGUAGGACAGACACUAACUGCUCAUAAACUGUCCACAGAACCCCAAUGAUAAAACUCUGAACUGACCCUUUAAGGUUUAUAGUGUCAUCCUGAAGGCUGAAGGGUAAAUUUGUCCUCCUGUGUGAUUCACUAAUAGUUUGUAAUAAGUUUUCUUUUCUUGCCAGAAUACUCUUAAAUAUCUUUUGCUGAUUUUGCAGGCAUUAAUUUCCUUUGGUUGGAUUUAUAGCUCUCCGGUCUACAAGACCAAAGCAGAAUAUUUUUUUGUCUUAACUAGCAAAAACCAAAAAAAUGAACUGUCAGAUAUAAUUUUUUACAAACGUAUUACCGUGGGAUAACAUCUGCUGAUUAGCAACAUUUCAGGACAUCUUUUUUUUUUUUGUAUUUGGACUGAAUGUAUUUGAUCUCCAGGGGCUUGAAUCAUGUCUGAUUCUGGAAAUUAAAAGCUACAUGCUUAACAAGAGGAAUGAAAUUAAUACAUAUUUUUAUUUAACCUCUUAAUAAAGUUAAAUGACAGUUUAAAUGUAAAUAGCUUUUUAUAAACUAGAAGCAGAUCUGAGAGGACCUUUGAAGCAGGAUGUUGGUUGACAUCAGUUUUUAUACGUCUCUUUACAUUCCCUUUUUUUAAUCAAAACACUGUUUUGAGCUCUUCUGUAGCUCUGGGCCUGCUUAUAGAGUGCAUAUCGAAUGUAUACAGAGUUGACCGAGGUCAGGCUGAGGUGAACGUGACCUCAGGCUGGAUCCGAGGACAUCGCUGCACGCGCUGACUCACUGGAGGAGAACCUUCCCAGAACUCCCGUGGCUUUCCUGCCGCUUUAUGUUUUGGUUUCUCUAACGCAGCCAAAACUAGCACCGUCUGUCUUCACAGUUAGUCUUAAAAACAAUGUCCAGUUACCGAAAAGAGAAGGAGAAAAAAAACACGACAUUCCUUCUUUAUUAGAGUGACCAUUUAUUCAGAGGCAGACCUGCUUUUAUUUAGACUCUAACAGCUCAGAGAACUGAGAGUUCAUUCGGGUGGUCUCACCGAACUUCACUCCAUUCUUCUUUUCUCUCUGCAUGAUGUUUGUCUGCAUGUCCGUCCUUCCGUCCCGGGUCACAUACCAGCACUGAAGGACAUUAGUACUUUCACUGUAUCCAACCUGUCUGAUUGCUUUCACUUCAUGUUCAGGUGGACUGUGGGUGCUUUUUACCUGUAGCAUAUGGAGUCAUCACACCUGGAGUUGUAGAGUCAGUAUCUAACCUUAGAUUUGAUUGUAUUUAUGUAGAAGCUGUUCCAGUGGGGCGUUUUGUAAACCGCAACAACAGAAGGAGGCUUUGUUAUAAAUCUGUGUAAGAUGUGGCAUUCAGAGGACAUUUUUAUCCUUUUUAGUGCACUUUGGUGAUGAUUAGGGUCUUUGUCACAUCUGGAUGUUUUUAAAGCUCCUUGUUACAGCCGUCCAUUCCACUAAGAAACAAAACAAAAAGCCAGUUUUCUGUACAUGACCACUGUGCUUCAAAAGCAAGCUGUUCCAGGUUUACAUAUGUAUAAAAUGCAUACUCUUUGUUUUUUUUUAUUAUUAUUAUUAUUGGUUAUGUUUUUGACUUGUUCUGCCGUUGUUACAGAAAUAGUAAAUUUUUCUGGGAAAACCUUUACUCUAAAAAAUUGUCUUUGACAUGUAUAAUAUAAAAGUAUUCUUUUUGGACAACAAAAACAGACUGCAUUGUG